CACCGUUCCGGCGCAAGCAUUCCGCUUGCAGUCCCCAGUCCCCCAUGGCUUCUUCAUCUCCCUCUCUCUCCUUCUCAUCCUCACUCCCCCGAUCUCCGCUUCCCGAAGGCGGCGGCGCCGGCAGGAGGAGCGCGGCGGUGUCCCUCCCGGUCCCGUCGUCCCGGCGGGUGAUCCUGUGCGCGUCCGCGCCGCCGGCGGGGAAGACCGCGGGCGGGGCCGGAUCGCCUUCCUCGGCGGCCGCGAAGAAGAGGCACUGGAAGGAAGGAGAGUACCCCGGGAUCUCGGAGAAUUCCCGGGCGGCGGCGGCAGCGAACGGGAGGAGGCGGCCGCCCCUGAAGAACGUGAAGAAGAGACUGGACCGGCGGAGCGACGCCAAGGCGUGGGCUUGUACCGUCACCGAAGCCCUUUCCGAUCGCAUUCUCAAGAAGCAGUGGGCUGAAGCGCUUGAGGUUUUUGAUAUGCUGAGGGAGCAGCCGUUUUAUCAGCCAAAAGAAGGGACUUACAUGAAACUCCUUGUUCUGCUUGGGAGAUCGGGCCAACCUGACCGAGCUCGCCAGCUGUUUGAGACAAUGGUAGAAGAAGGAUGUGAACCCACUUCCCAACUCUACACGGCUCUGCUGGGGGCUUAUUGCAGGAACAAUCUCAUCGAUGAGGCAUUCUCAAUUCUCAGUCGAAUGAAGGGCCUCCCCAAUUGUCAACCGGAUGUUUUCACAUAUAGUAUUCUUAUAAAGGUGUGUAUCGACUCUUCACGUUUUGAUUUGGUUGAAUCACUUUACCAGGAAAUGGCUGAUCGGUUGAUAACUCCUAACACCGUCACACAAAAUAUAGUUUUAAGUGGUUAUGGGAGGGCUGGAAAAUUCGAUCAGAUGGAAAAGGUACUUUCGGGUAUGCUUGAGAGCAGGGAGUGUAAACCAGAUGUCUGGACAAUGAACAUCAUUCUCAGUGUGUUUGGCAACAAGGGGCAGAUUGAUGCAAUGGAAAGAUGGUACGAGAAAUUCCGGAAUUUUGGGAUCGAACCAGAAACUCGGACUUUUAACAUACUCAUCGGUGCCUAUGGAAAGAAAAGAAUGUAUGACAAGAUGUCGUCCGUGAUGGAGUACAUGCGUAAGCUUCAGUUUCCUUGGACAACCUCGACUUACAAUAAUGUGAUCGAGGCUUUUGCAGAUGUCGGAGAUGCACAGAACAUGGAAUAUACUUUCGAACAGAUGCGCGCUGAGGGUAUGAAAGCAGAUACCAAGACAUUCUGCUGCCUUAUACGUGGAUAUGCCAAUGCUGGUCUCUUCCAUAAAGUUCUAAGCAGUGUCAGAUUAGCCGGGAAGUUUGAAAUACCUGAGAACACAUCAUUCUAUAAUGCAGUUAUAUCGGCAUGUGCAAAAGCUGAGGAUCUUUUGGAAAUGGAGAGAGUAUAUAAGCGAAUGAAAGACAAGCACUGUCCCCCGAACUCGACCACCUACUCAAUUAUGUGCGAGGCAUAUCGAAAAGAGGGAAUGAAUGACAAGAUCUAUGAUUUGGAACAGGAGAAAAAGGAGCUUAUUCUCGAUGAGUCCGAGAACGAGUCUGCCCUUGGGCCAGAGUCCGCGACGGAUGCUUAAAGAAACCCGAGCAAGUACUGUGGCUUAGUGCAGGUGCACACGGGCUUUUUCCGUGGGUUAUGUUACUCCGUUGGUGCAGUUCCUGGUAUUUCGGCAGCUAAAGCGGGUUCUGCCUCCCGGCAGUCCUUCAGAUCCGAUGAUGCUUUGGGAUACUUUCCUCAGUGCCACAACCGAUGUACACAGCUGAUGUACCAACAGAGGUGAUUAGCGUGCUGUAAUUGAUAAUCUCUUUUAUGAUCCGUGGGAAAAGUGAUCAUUCAUGGAUCUGUGCGAUUCUUGGCGAGGAAAGAGAAAAGCUGUGAUCAAGCAUUGUUGUAUGCUCUCCGUUUAAUGUGUUCAGCAACUUGUUUAGUGGAGGAUAGGUGAAAUGAAUUGGAAAAGAAAAUUCAAAGGCA